UGGUUCCUCCUCCGGCUAUCCGGUCUGAGGUUUUUGGCACUACUGGGCUUCCGUCCGUACUCGGCGCUUUGCGGUGAAACAAAGUAUCUUCAUUAUCCUGUGUGUAUCACGUAUGUGCCUUUGCGCACGAUUCAAUCAUUGCAGGCGUAUUUUUGCAUCACGGAGCCACCCAUGUCGUCGGACGCCCUGAAGAAGCGAAAGUCGAAGGUUCUCCGCAAUGAAGGAGGAACCCCAGAGAUGAAGCGAGGUCGCGGAGAUGGGGACCAGCCGGAUGUGCGUGUGUAUAGUGAGGAGGUGGAGCUGGACAGCAGGGACCCUGAACAGGACUACCUGCAGUACAAAGAGUCAUGUGAGAGUUUGGCCACACUCAUGAGUGAGAUCCAGGAUCUUAAAGCCAACGGAGCCAAAGAGGGGUGUCCUGAGGUGGAGCAGAGACGUAUGCAGAGCUGCAUCCACUUCAUGAACCUGAAAAAACUCAAUCGCCUGGCUCAUAUGCGACUAAAGAGAGGCAGAGACCAGACACACGAGGCAAAGCAGAGAGUGGAUGUACUGCACCUUCAGUUACAGAACCUGCUGUAUGAAGUUAUGCAUCUUCAGAAGGAGAUCAGCAAGUGUCUGGAGUUCAAGUCUAAGCAUGAGGAAAUAGAUUUGGUGUCUGAGGAAGAGUUUUACCAGGAGGCGCCACAGGAAAUUUCCAGGCCUCAACUCACAAAAAAUGAUCCCCACCAACUCACACUGGCACGACUGGACUGGGAGCUUGAACAGAGGAAGAGGUUGGCAGAGAAAUACAAGGAGUCACAGGCCACAAAGGAGAAGAUCCAGAAGAGCAUCGAGGUGAAGAAGGAACAUCUGACAAGUUUGCAGCCAGGACUCAAUGCCAUCAUGCAGGCCUCUCUCCCAGUGCAGCAGUACCUGUCCAUGCCUUUUGAACAGACUCAGAAACAAACAGAGAUUGCCCGCCACCUGCCUCCACCUCUCUACGUCCUGUUUGUUCAAGCCAAUGCCUAUGGCCAGGCCUGUGACAAGAACCUGAUUGUCUCAAUCAGUGGUGAUGUGGAUGAGGCCAAGGCCCUGUCCAAACCUCCAGAAGAUUCCCAGGAUGAUGAGAGUGAUUCAGAUGCAGAGGAGGAGCAAGAGAAAACAAAGAGGAGAAGGCCAACUACAGGCGGCCAGCUGGAUGACAAAAGACGGGAGAUGCUGAAAAGGCACCCUCUGUCCCUCUGCUUAGACCUCAAGUGUAAAGAUGGCAGUAUCCUUCAUCUCUACUUCUACUACCUGAUGAAUCUGAACAUUAUGACUGUCAAGACCAAGGUCUCCACCUCCAUAGACCUCAACACAGCCAUCAGCGCAGGGGAUCUGCUGAAAUCAGACACUGUACUCUGCUGUCUCUACUCUAGCGACCAGGGACGAGAAACACCCAAUCCAGCUAAUCGCUACCAGUUUGAUAAAGUCGGGAUUGUUUGCUUUGCUGAUUAUGUGGAGGAGCUGGGCCAUCCCUACAUGUGGGUUCAGAGUCUUGGAGGACUACAUUUUCCCAAAGAUGCCUCAGAGGGUGUGCGUGUGGGCAGUUCUCUGUGUGCCAGCCAAAUGGAGAGCACCAUAAAGCUGCUGAGGGGACGAGUCCAGUCCCGCCUGGCUUUGCACAAACAGUUUGCCUCUUUAGAGCACAGCAUCAUCCCGGUCUCCACUGAGUGUCAGCACCUCUUUCCUGCCAAGAUUAUCUCCCAUUUAGCUCGCUGGACCACUAUCACUCACGAGGAGUAUAUGGAUCUGCCAUAUACACGUCAUGUGACUGAUGCUGGGCUGGCAAAGGAGACUGAUAUGUACUUUAUGGGUGUGGUGGAGAGGGGCACAGCUCGUCUCCAGGCCGCUGUGGUGCUGAGUCCCCGUUACCCAGAAAUCUCUCCUCUUUUCUCCCUCUCUCUCAGCUGGAAGGGAGAGCGCAGUGGACGCACUGAUGACAACCUACGAGCCAUGGAGAGUGAGGUCAAUGUGUUCAAAAAUGAACUACAGGGCCCACGUCCAGGAUACCAGCUCCUGACCAAUCAGAUUUCACGUCUGUGCGUCUGCCUGGAUGUGUAUCUGGAGACUGAAGGACAAGAUGACAGCGUGGAGGGACCACGAGAGUUUCCCAGAGAGAAGAUGUGCUUGCGCACUGUCAGGGGCCCAAAUCGUCUGAAGCCAUUCAAGUACAACCAUCCCCAGGGCUUCUUCAGUCACCGCUAAAUCUGUCCACAUGCUUCUCUCUACUGUACUUUACAACUCCCUUAAGCUUACCUUUGUGACUAUUUGACACACAAAGUAUACCUUUUUAAAAGCCUUUUUAACACUUUGAAAAUAAAAGAACACCAGGUUAUUUUCUUGAA